CGCUUGAGGUGAGGUCUCCGUUUUCUUGCUAAAGUCCACUCUGUGUAGCUCUUACAAAGCCACACUUUUAUUUUUCCAGUUGCCAUUAGGUUAGACUCUCCAAAUAUUUCCGAGAGAAAGACAAUGUUGUCCAUCUCGGUGGUGGCCCUGGCCUGGCUGUUCUCCCUGAGGACCUUGUCCACAGCGCUGGAUCCGACCCUGGAGGGGACAUGGAGAGACUGGAAGGCCACUCACAGUAAAGAAUACGAAUUGGAAGAGGAAGAAUCCUAUCGAAGAGCCGUGUGGGAGGAAAAUUUGCAGAUGAUCCAAGACCAUAACCAGGAGGCUGACCAGGGAAAACACUCCUACAAGCUCGGGAUGAAUCACUUUGGUGAUAUGACUAAUGAAGAGAUUAACAAGAAGCUGUACUGCUUGCUUCCUGACUUGGAUCUUGCAUCGCAAAAGAACGUAGUCACUUUCAAAUCCUCAGAAAACCUGCAGAUUCCCUCGCGGGUGGACUGGCGAGCCAAAGGUUUUGUGACUGAGGUCAAAGAUCAGGGUGAGUGUGGCUCUUGCUGGGCCUUCAGUGCCACCGGAGCUCUGGAAGGCAUGAAUUUCAAGAAGACGGGGAAGCUGAUCUCGCUGAGCGAACAAAAUCUUAUCGACUGUUCUAAGCAAGAGGGGAAUAAUGGGUGCCAGGGUGGAUUUACGACCCAAGCUUUUGUAACUGUACAGCAGCUACACGGGAUCAAUUCAGAGGAAAGCUACCCAUAUGAUGGACUGGAUCAUUAUGAUUGUCGUUAUGAAGCUGAGAAUUCUGUCACAGCUUGUUCCAACAUGGGACUCAUCCCGUCAGGAGACGAAAAGGCCCUUUUGCAGGCAGUGGCCACGAUUGGCCCGAUUGCUGUCUCAGUGGAUGCCAGGAGCUCUAAGUUUCACUUUUACAAGUCGGGUAUCUUUAAAAAUCCCUGGAGUGGAGACCUGCAAUUGACUCAUACUAUGCUGGUGGUUGGUUAUAACAGCACCAGAUACUGGAUUGUGAAGAACAGUUGGUCACGCGCAUGGGGAGCCAACGGAUACAUGUUCAUGGAACAGGGAUCAAAUCCAUGCGGCAUCGCCACCUUAGCUUCCUAUCCCAUUCCGUAACCAGCCAAGUGGACCAUUUGAGAAGCAGGACCAAAAGGCCACCAGGAAUAAUCUGCAGUUUCUGAAGCUUCUGGAGAACCAGAAAAAAAUAGAUAUAUACGCUAAAAAUCAAUAAAUGCUUUGAUGCAAUGCUGCCUAUUA